CUGCAUGCUGACUGCAUCUCGGUAUUGGUGGAAGUAUCAGGGUAUGGUAUAAGUAUGCUCACUUUAGCUCACGAUAAACAUUAGAAUCUCACCAUCUUCACUGAGUUACCACUGAGAAAAAAAGCACUUCUACAAUGUCUACCCCAACCACCUACACAGCAUGGACUGUUCCGGCAACAGCCACCAAGCUGUCCGACCUAACGAAACAGCAAAAGGCUAUCCCAACCCCAGGGCCUAAACAAGUCCUCCUCAAGAUGACAGCAGCCUCCCUCAACUACCGCGACGUCCUCAUCUCCACCCGCUCCCCCCAAUACCCAGGAGACCAUAAACCCGACCUCGUCCCCGGCUCCGAUGGAGCCGGCAUCAUCCACUCGACUGGCGCAGACUCUGCCUGGGCGGGUAAGAAAGGACUUGCAGUCAUGUUCAACCAGAAUGGGUGGCUGUCAGGAGACUUCCGCAACCUGGACUUUGCCACGAUCCUAGGCGGUACGAGCCAGGACGGCACGUUGCAGGAGUAUCUUGUGCUGCCUGAUGAGUGGAUUGUAGAGCAGCCAAAGAACUUGACGGCGGUUGAGGCGGCCUCUCUGACAACGGCGGGGGCGACGGCCUGGUGUGCGAUCCGUGGGCAACUCGAUGGAAGGCUGGAUGGGAGUGUUGGAGAUUGGACGGGGGGCUGGACUGAUAGGAGAUUGGAAGGGAAGUGGGUGCUUACUUUAGGGACAGGUGGGGUUAGCUGUUUUGGGAUUCAGAUUGCUUCGGCUCUCGGCGCAACGGUCAUCGCCACUUCCUCUUCGGACAGCAAGCUCGAGAUUGCGAAAAGCCUCGGUGCGACGCACCUCAUCAACUAUGUCAACACGCCGGAUUGGGACCAAGAAGUCUCUCGGAUUACUGGUGGGAAGGGCGUUGAUCAUGUUAUCGAAACAGGUGGUGCAGGCACGUUAAUGAAGUCUAUCAACAGCACCCGCGUUGGCGGUUUGAUCAGCAUGCCCGGUGUCUUGACACCGAAUGCGCCUAUCGACGCGGCUUUUGUCCCCAGCAUCUUGUUUACUGCGAAGACUGUGAAAGGAUGUUGCGCUUUCCCGCGUGACGCAGUCGUCGAACUAGCGCACUUCGUCGAGGCACACGACAUCAAGCCAGUAGUGGCGCACGAAUACGCUUUCGACCAGACUCCUGAGGCAUUUGAGAUGAUGGCGAAGCAGAGUGCUGUGGGAAAGAUCGCUGUGAAGAUCGGUGGAGAGUUGUGAGGAGUCCGACAGUUCUGACGUUGUCACCACCGUCGUUACAAUACCUGUCAAAUCUAAUUACAACAUACAUGCAGUACGUGGUAUUCGACACGGUCCCUUUUCAUGGUACAAUUCGUAUUGUGCAAGCUGUGAGUGGCUCGUUUCGCUGUGUCAUCGCACUACCAGUCAACGCAACGCAACGCCAACCAAAGUUCAAGAUGCUAGGGUACCUUCCUACGAAGCACCUUGUGAGUAUAU